AUGGUUCUUUCCAAGCAAACACUGUUGGUUUUGAGCAGCCUUCUCUAUGCUGCCACUGCUGCUACUGUCCCAAAAGUGCCCGAGGCGCCAGAGGGACUUAUUGUACUGGCACAGGAAUCCGUGGAUGACGGUGCUGGAGUUCUUACCUUUUACGGUGACGCCGAUCCUGCUGCUUCCAAAAAGCGUGAUGAGAGUGGACUCUCCAAGAGAUGCGGUAGCAAUCAAGUCUCCUGCUUUGGCAGCCACCGCGCCCCCAUCUGGAUCUGCAGCGACCUGCUUUACCAAAUGGAAAAGUCAAGCACACAGCUGAAACAGAGCCCGCGGUCCAUCUGCAAGACAGCCAGUGGUAAGCAGUGUUGCAUCAGCUGGGCUAAAGCGGUGUCGGGCGGUAAAGAGAACAACUUGUCCCCUGCUGGCUAUAGAGUCGUCUCAGAGUGUAAUUGGGGCGAUAACACCGUGUCGGGCUUGUCUCGGGACACGCUGAUCGGCAACACUUGCACAACUCAGUGUCUGUCGAACCGACCUGAUGGUUGCGAGUAA